AUGUCGCUCGUGGCCGACUCGUUCAGCAGUCUCGUGGUGUCUGGCAAAGAGCCCGACGCCGAGGCAAUUGAGAAACUCAACGUGUUUGAAAACGACAACACUCUGGGCGACAUUUUGCAGUCGGUUCGAACCGCACACGCCAAAUCGCGACAGGAGCUCCAAGUAGCCACCAAACGAUACGUGGAGGCGGCCAAGGUGCAUCGAGGCGAGCCCAGCAUCCAGCAGGUCAAGCUGCUCAACGAUUACAAGGUCACGCAGGUGAAACUGGCCGUCUUGAGAGAACUCAAGGUGUGCAGAGAAAAGCUCAGUGUUCUGCGACAGCAUGUGGAGCAGCAAGAGACACAGAAGGCGCUGGAGGCCCAUAAGGAGCUCACCAAGGCCAUUGGACAGAUGAAGCAAUAUUCGGAGGUCAAAAUCGUCCGUGCUCUGUCUUCCGAAGCUGACAAUCUGUUCGCCCAAAUUGAGGAGGAGCAGAUGGCCAAAUGGAGCAAGGCCGUGGAGGUCACCCAGACGCAGGUGGCUGUGGGAGAUGACGCUGGAACCGAAUUUCAACUACUGGGAUCAAUCGGUGACGGUGUUCAGAAGAAGUCUCUGGGUCAGCUGGUCAAGUCUCUGGAUGGAGUGUUUGAGAGGUUACUGGAUCUGCAGGUGCAGGUGAAGAGCGACAGUCAAUCGCGUGUCUCAAUCGCACCCGAGGCCUGUUCGACACUUCCUCAAUUUUCCGACUCUCUGAUUGCUCUUGUUACAGUCAUUAACACUCUUCCUAAAGACGUGUCUGCUCCUGUUAUUAAAAGACUCUCCACCCCCGUGACCAACAAGCUUUUGCAGAGUCUCGGCAAGCUUAUUCCCGAUUCUGUCGACGGUCUUCCUGCCUUUGAGGCACAUCUUGAUCUCCUUGAGACUCUGGAGGAGAAGUUGACCUCUUUUGGCUGGCUGUCUGGAGACGAGAUCACCGAUUGGAGCUUCUCUCUUCCCGAGGUGUGGCUGUCUGCGCGUAAAGACAAGUUUCUUGCUGAGCUGCGGACUAGGCUGUUGUCUGGAGCUGUCGAAAACAUUUCUGACGAGAAGAAGACGACCCCUAGACCUCCUUCCAAAGCCCAGGAAAGCCCCAAGAAACCCAGGACUGCGUCACAUUCCACCACAGGCUCGAGGCAGGUGCGAAAGUCGCAAUCCCAGGCCUCUCUGGCUCCCUCUGAGGGCUCUGCUGACAACUGGGGAGACGAUGACCUUGAGUUCAGUGACGAGGAGAAGGAGACCAAGGAGGACUGGGGUUGGGACGAGCCCAUUACCGAGGAAACGGCCGAGGAGGCAAAGUCGGUUGCCGCUGAGUCAACAGCUGAGUCAAACGAGGACUGGGGAUGGGGGGAUGAGACUGAUGUUGUCAUUGACGACAAUGAAGGCGAUGUGACUGUCGAAGCCACCACUACUGCUACUCCUGCGGACGUUGCUAUUAUAACUACUAACCUUCCUGAGAUUCUCACUUCCACAAUCACCUCCUUCUUGAACGAGGGAAGUCAUUUGUAUGAGGAGCGAAAGAAGUUGAAAAUUGGAUCCGCUGGUUUCAUGUAUCCUUCUCAGACCGCAAACUUUUACGCCCUCUAUCGAGCUCUCGUUCCACUGGCGUAUCGAUCAGCCAAGUCUCCUUUGGCGCUUUAUAACGACAUUGAAACCAUCAACAAUCAUAUUCGAGCCCAAAAGGAUGAAGCUGAACUUGCUGCCGAGCUUGAGCUGAUGGACAAAUUUGGAAAGCGGCAUUUGCGCCAGGUACUUGAACAGCACCAGAGCCACAUUACCGACAUUUUGAACGGUGCUGGCGGAUUCCAGAAUUGUUCGCAUGAAGGCGGCAACCUGUUCAACUGCCAGGCUGCUGCCGAGAAGCUCACAUCCUACCUCACUCAGCUUUCGGACGAGUGGGAGGACCAAGUGAGCGACAACGCCCGAAUGCAGAUGUUGGGCACCCUGCUCAACUGUGCUGCCACAACCAUCGUCACCGAGGUCGAGAAUCUUGGCGACGUUUCUGAGGCCGAGAGUCAAGAACUCGCCAAACUUGUUGCUGUGAUUUCGGCUGGUGUUGAGUCGUUGUUUGGUGAGGCUCUGACCGCCACUUUCUGUCAGAACUGGCUCAAGUUUGAGUACCUGGGUCAGAUUUUGGAGUCCAACCUGGCCGACAUUCGAUACUUGCUGGAGAGUGAUGCUCUGGUUGACUACUCGGCUGAUGAGUUGGUGAGCUUGGUCCAUGCACUGUUCAGUGAUAGCGAGAGACGAGAAAAGCUGAUCUCGGAUAUCUACCGUAAGGGAGGUCAGUGA